CAGGCCUCCUGCCACUUUGGAAACUGCCUGGGACUGCGACAGCAACCCCUUAAGCCCCGCGGGCCGAGAGAGAAGGGGGGUUGGUUUGAAAGACACAAGGGAAAAAAAUGUGUUGUGGGGCGGGUUUAGUUUCCCACCCUCUUCCCUUUCCCCGAGCAAAUUAAAAACAAAACAAAUAGAAAAGGCACCCGGCCAGCCAACCAAAGCCCCAAGCCGAGCCCCAGCCGAAGCACUCCUUUAAAAGGAUUUGCAGCGGUGAGGAAAAAACCCAGAUCGGACGGAGGAAUCCUGCUGCAAACUCAGGUGUACAUCUCUGAAGUAAGAUGAUUUGUCAGAAAUUCUAUGUGGCUUUGUUACACUGGGAAUUUCUUUAUGGGAUAGCUGCACUUCACCUGGCAUAUCCAGCUGCUCCCUGGAGAUUUAAGUUGUUUUGUGCACCACCAAACGCAACAGGGGACGCCUUUCUCUCACCUGCCAGAAUCCCAAAGAGUGCUCCUGCUUUGAGUGGGGGUUAUGAAGCAGAUGUCGAAGCUAGCUUUAACGCAAGUGGUGUCUACGUGUCUGAGUCAUCCCAAACCGUUUUCCACUGUUGCUUGGGGACUGAGCGAGGUACAAACUGCUCUGUGUUAGCAAGUAAAACCGAAGGGAAGACGCUGGCUUCAACGGUAAAGGCUUUAGUCUUUCGCCAGCUAGGUAUAAACUGGGACAUCGAGUGCUGGAUGAAAGGGGACUUGACCUCAUUCAGUUGCCACAUGGAGCCGUUGCUUAAGAACCCCCUCAAGAAUUAUGACUAUAAGGUCCAUCUUUUAUAUGAUCUGCCUGAAGUCACAGAUGACUUGUCCUGGGCCCCCUCGAGAGACAGUUUUCAGGCCGUGCAGUGCAACUGCAGUGUUCGGGGCUGUGACUGCGAUGUGCCAGUGCCAAGAGCCCAACUCAACCACUCUCUUCUGAUGUAUUUGGAAAUGACAUCUGCUGGUGUCACUUUUCAGUCCCCUCUGCUGUCCCUGCAGCCCUCACUUGUCGUGAAACCUGAUCCACCAAUAGGUUUGCAUAUGGAAAUCACAGAUGAUGGUAAUUUAAAGAUUUCUUGGGACAGCCCAACAGAGGCCCCGUUUCCACUUCAAUAUCAAGUGAAAUAUUCAGAGAAUUCUACAGUUACAAGAGAGGUUACUGAAGUUGUCUUGGCUCCGUCCCUGCUGGUACACAGUGUGCUUCCAGGAUCUUCUUACGAAGUUCAGGUGAGGAGCAAGAGGCUGGACGACUCAGGACUCUGGAGUAACUGGAGUUUGCCUCGAGUCUUUUCCAUACAAGACAUCAUGUACUUUCCACCCAAAAUUCUGACAAGUGUCGGAUCGAACGCUUCCUUCCAUUGCAUCUACAAGAAUGAAAACCAAAUUAUUUCCUCCAAACAGAUAGUUUGGUGGAUGAAUCUAGCCGAGAAAAUCCCUGAAAUCCAGUAUAGUGCGGUGAAUGACCGUGUUAGCAAAGUAACUUUUUCCAACUUGAAAGCCACCAGACCCCGCGGGAAGUUUGCCUAUGACGCAGUGUAUUGCUGCAGUGGGCAGGAGUGUCAUCACCGCUACGCUGAGUUAUACGUGAUCGAUGUCAAUAUCAAUAUAUCAUGUGAAACUGACGGGUACUUAACUAAAAUGACUUGCAGAUGGUCACCCAGCACAAUCCAAUCACUUGUGGGAAGCACUGUGCAGUUGAGGUAUCACAGGAGCAGCCUGUAUUGUUCCGAUAGUCCAUCUAUUCAUCCUGCAUCUGAGACCAAAAACUGCAUCUUGCAGAAGGAUGGAUUUUAUGAAUGUGUUUUCCAGCCCAUCUUUCUAUUAUCUGGCUACACAAUGUGGAUCAGGAUCAACCAUUCUUUAGGCUCACUUGACUCUCCACCCACGUGUGUCCUUCCUGACUCUGUAGUAAAACCACUACCUCCAUCUAGUGUGAAAGCAGAGAUUACUAUAAACAUUGGAUUAUUAAAAGUAUCUUGGGAAAAGCCUGUCUUUCCAGAGAAUAACCUUCAGUUCCAGAUUCGAUAUGGCUUAAAUGGAAAAGACAUACAAUGGAAGACGCACGAUGUGUUUGAUGCAAAAGCAAAGUCUGCCAGCCUGCCGGUGCUGGACCUCUGUGCCGUCUACGUGGUACAGGUGCGCUGCAGGCGGCUGGAUGGCUUUGGGUACUGGAGUAAUUGGAGCAGGCCCGCCUACACGCUUGUCAUGGAUGUAAAAGUUCCUGUGAGAGGACCUGAAUUCUGGAGAAUAAUGGAUGAGGACGUUACUAAAAGAGAGAGAAAUGUCACCUUGCUUUGGAAGCCCCUGAUGAAAAAUGACUCCCUGUGCAGUGUGAGGAGGUACGUGGUCCAGCAUCGGACUGCCCACAACGGGACGUGGUCAGAAGACGCAGGAGAUCAGACCAAUCUCACCUUCCUGUGGGCAGAGCAAGCGCAUACGGUUACUGUUCUGGCCGUUAAUUCCAUUGGUGCUUCGCUCGCAAAUUUUAAUCUAACGUUUUCAUGGCCGAUGAGUAAAGUGAGUGCCGUGCAGUCACUCAGCGCUUACCCCCUGAGCAGCAACUGUGUGAUCGUUUCCUGGGCGCUGGCACCCGGGGAUUACAACCUCAUAUACCUGGUUAUUGAAUGGAAGAAUCUUAAUGAAGACGACGGAAUGAAAUGGCUUCGGAUCCCUUCGAAUGUUAGGAAGUAUUACAUCCAUGAUAACUUUAUUCCCAUUGAGAAAUAUCAGUUUAGUCUUUACCCAGUAUUUAUGGAAGGAGUUGGAAAACCAAAGAUAAUUAAUGGUUUCACCCAAGAUGGUGUGGACAAGCAGCAGAGUGAUGCGGGGCUCUAUGUGAUUGUGCCCAUAAUUAUCUCCUCUUGUGUCCUGCUUCUCGGAACACUGUUAAUCUCACACCAGAGAAUGAAAAAGCUGUUUUGGGAAGACGUUCCAAACCCCAAGAAUUGUUCCUGGGCACAAGGACUUAAUUUCCAAAAGAUGCUGCAAUCGGAAGGAUGUAGUAUAAAUAAAACUCAGCGAUGGAGAUUUGUAGUUGAAAGAAAGAUUUUCAACACUUGCAGCAUUCAAAGGUCUUAAUAAGUAUCAGUUAUGGUUUUAUGCUACUGUUUACAUAUUUAUACAUGAUAGACUUUGAGUUAGCCCUGGGGUAUUCUGUCAUCGAACGUAGGAGAGAAAAACAAAAGCUUGUACUGGUGAGGUAUCUUAUUCUAGACCCAGGAUUAGCUUCCCCAAUUGGAAUUUAUUCUAAUUGUAGCUAUUCUAGAUAUUGACACGACCCACGGGGAGAAAUAUGUUUUCUCUUCCAGCCUAGCACAGAUAUAUAGGCAUGGAAAAAUGGGAGAAAUUUUGUGGAAAACAUCUUGCUGGGAAGAGAAGAGAGAAAAAAACUUUUUAACUCUUUCAUUUAAAAAAAAAAAUGCUGCCAGCAACCCACUAACCUGAUCCCCCAGCCUUCAAAUGGCAUGCGACUUGCGGUGAACAGGAUACAGCAUUGCAGCCAGUCCAUGAGAAGCAGGUGCCCGUGCACACACCAUGAGCAGCUCAGCUGCUUGAGUCAGAGUCCCCCAUCAGAUGAACUAACAGCCUGUUUCCAGAAGCGGCAGCUGUGCGGUUUUGCAUAUAAGCAUGCGCUCUGUGGCAUCUUUGCUUUCUCCAAUGCUAGCUUCUUCUGCCUCUGACUCCCCCGCUGUGCCCUCCCAGCCUCUCUCCCGGGGCUCCUUUUAUUUCAGGGGUGCUCCCGAGUUGUUUUCAACUCACAAAAUACCGCUCUUCUUUUCCUUCCACAACUGAUUCGUGCGAUCGCAUUUCUCAUGAUCGUGGUGGCAUCCCGGAUGCACACGCGCAUCAUCCACAGAUGUGUGCAGUGGGCACAGGGCGAGUGCUUACAGAUGAUAAGGAGCGAUUGCCGCGAAACUCUAGAACAGGCUUUUAAGACAUCCUCCUUGUCUUCCAAGAGCAGGGUCCACCAAGAGUGGCUAGGUGGAAGGAAUCAGAACUUCUCUUUUGGCUUCUGUGACACUUGUUCCUUUUUCACUUCCCGUGUAUUCAUUUUCUCAGUUUGUAAUUUUACUGAAGACCUGUCCUUUGCCAGUCACUUUUGCUAUACCUCGGGGCUAUAUUGGUAAGAAACACUCUGUAUGUUCCUGGACUGUACAGUCCGGUGGGGGACGAUAAACCCUUACCAGGUUAUCAUUAGAAAUCACUUCGCAGGUCUAAGCUCCAGUGUGCUGAGGGCUAGGAUGUGGAAACCUGUCUUAGGGUAUGGAUGGGUAUGAGGGGGCAUGAUUAAGAGAGUGACAUUUGGUCUGGUUGUGAUGGUGCACACCUGGAAUACAUAUCCAAGGUCUUGGAAAGCAGAAGGAGUGGGAGUUGUUGUGAGUUCCAGGGCUACAUGGUGGUUUUGAGGCCUGCCUGGGUUACAUAGAAACAAACAAGCACAAGAGAAAGAAGAAAGAGGGAUGGUAUUUCAGUCAGACCCAGAUGGUGGGGAGUCGUUACCUGACUUCAUGGUGUUAUUGUAGAUACUCUCACAGUCAAUUGGCGAUGUGUUCUCAAACUGGAAACACAGAGAACAGACUAGGCACAUUUUCCUCUUACCUACAAAGUUUUCUUUUCUAAGUUAAAACAACCAAAUGCCCAUCUAAAUAAAAAUCGUAAAGCUUCAAGGCAGUCAUGAUGCUGCCUCUAAAGGAAGCUAAAAUCCUCUCACCGUCCAGCAUGGCAUAUUCGGCAUUUUAUCUUCAUAUUUUAAUGGAAAGGAAAUCUAACUUCUACUCAAGACAGGGCAUGGCCAGACUGACCUCAGCAAUUACAGUUUGAGCCUGUACCAGAUUAACGUGCCCUCCUUUCCAAAUGCCUGGCAGAAAUGAGAGGACCUAGGCCGGGUCAAUCAGUGGCCGUCUUUAGUCUCUGGCUUACCUGGUGUCUCACUUCCCCCUAUUGGAGCAGAGGAGGAUGCUGUAUUUAUCAGAUCAUCUGGCAGAGAUUUUAAGUAAAUUGAAAGACCACCCUAAACUUUCAGAGUCUUGGAAAUUGGAGUGAAUUUUUUUUAAAAAAAAUUUAUGUGUGUAUGUGUGCAGCUACACACAGAGGCCUGAAGAGGGCACCAGAGGACCCAGAGCUGGAAAUGACAGAAGCUAUCUGACCUGGGUUCUGGGAAAGAAACCCAGGCUCCCUGGAAGAUCUGGAAGCGCUGCUAACUGCUGAGUCAGCUCUCCAGUCCCUAAUGUGUAAAUUAUUUUUAAAAGACAGAGGGUUAUGAAUAUCCCCAUUUGUGAGAGAUUUCUCUUUACCUUUGCAAAUAAUUCACUUUCUCUUUUUCAGUAUAUGUAAUGUUUAUGUAUUUUUAGGGUGUAACAAAGAUACACCAUUAAGAAUCAAUGACAAGGGGCUGGAGAGAUGGCUCAGAGGUUAAGAACACUGACUGCUCUUCCAGAGGUUCUCAGUUCAAUUCCCAACAACCACAUGGUGGCUCACAAACAUCUUUAAUGAGAUCUGGUGCCCUCUUCUAGCCUGCAAGCAUGCAUGCAGACAGAACAUAAUAAAUAAAUAAAUAAAUAAAUAAAUAAAUAAAUAAAUAAAUAAAUAAAUAAAAAGAAUCAAUGACAAGACAGGUUGAGGGUGGGUUGGUAGCUUGCCCUGACUACAUACCCAACCAGGUCUUAUUAAAACCUGGAUUCACACCCAAGUUCCUCUGACAAAGUGAUAAUUCUUGCCAUUAAUUUCAUAUUACCAUUGUGUCCCCUAGUGUGGUUAAUACUCACUAAAUGACACACUCAAAGAUAAAUGAGAUGGUCGAUUGGAUGUUACAUUUAUUUUAACACAAUAAAAAAACUUUAGGUACAGGAUCUGAUUUUUCUAGAGACCAUAUCUAUAAAAGACAAAAUCCCCUUUAUAUUUACAAGUGAACACAUAGUCAACAUCUUUAAAUAUCAGAAAAAUGCAAGUUAAAUCCACAAGGUACCCUCCACAGCUUGUGGGCUGUCCAUCACAGAAAAGCCAGAGAUACUAGUCAGUAGGGACACUGAAGCUUUCUGACUGCCCUUGGGAAUAUAAAGACAGUGCAGGCUCUGGAGAGUCUGGCAGGUCUUUCCAUCUGAAACAGGACUUAGCGAUCUACCCUAACAUUUCUACCAAAAGAAUGAAGAAACUUUUGCACGAAUAUGUAUUUAUGAAAAUUCAUAAAAGAAUUGUCAAUAAUAACCUGAAUUUGAAUAAAAAAUCCAAAUGACCUUCAAAUAAUAAAUGAAUUAUCAAAAUAUGGCAUAUUUAUUUCAAGACAAAGGAAUAGAUAGGCAAAUAUAUAUCCCAGGGCAUACUGCAAAGGAAACAGCCAAUAGAAACCCAAUGUUUUUAAAAAUCAAUUCAGAUUCAGUAGUUUUUUCUUUUUCUUUUUUUUUGGUUUUUCAAGACAGGGUUUCUCUGUGUAACAACCCUGGCUGCCCUGAAACUAGCUCUGUAGACUAGGCUGACUUCGAAUUCAGAGAGAUCUGGCUGUCUCUGCCUCCCGAGUGCUGGGAUUAAAGGCGUGCGCCACCACUGCCCAGCCUGAUUCAGUAGUUUUUUAAGUAAUAUAUUUUAAAUCUAUAAAUUUCCUUUUACUUUUCAAAUCCUGAUUUGUAGGAGCAUUACUUUUUAUGGAUGUGCCCUAUACCUAUAAGACCCAAACAUCUAAGCUCAUCUCUAACUUUUCCCUAAAAUUAAUUUUCUCCUCUUUUAACAUUUUCAUUUCUUUCGCUUAUAUUACACCAGAAGCAAUUCUGUCUUAGUCAGUGUUCUAUCGCUGUGAAGAGACACUUUGACCAAGGCAACUCUUAUAAAAGAAACCAUUCGGGGCUGCAGAGACGGCUCAGAGGUUAAGAACAUUGCCUGCUCUUCCAAAGGUCCUGAGUUCAAUUCCCAGCAAUCACAUGGUGGCUCACAACCAUCUGUAAUGAGGUCUGGUGCCCUCUUCUGGCCUGCAGGCAUACAUGCAGACAGUAUAUUGUAUAUUAUAAUAAAUUUAAAGGAAAAAAUUUUUUAAAAAAAUAAAAGAAUUCAUUCAACUCUGAAGGCUUGCUUAGAGUUUUAGAAAUUAGUCUAUUGUCAUCACGGUGCAGAAUGUGGCAGGACACAGGAAGGCAUGGUGCUGGAGAUGUAGCCCAGAGCUUUACAUCCUGAACCAAGAUGAAAGACAGAAAGAGAGACAUUGGGCCUGAGGUUGGCUUUUGAAACCUCAGAGCCCACCCCCAGGGGCACACCUCCUCUAACAAGACCACACCUACUUCAAUAAGGUCAUACCUCUCGAUCCCUCUAAUCCUUCUCAAACCAUAAACUGAGAACUUAGCAUGCAAAUAGAUGAGCCAGUGGGGGCAAUUUUCAUUCAGCCUCCACAUUCCACUCCCUGGACUUGCAGCUAUAUCAUAAUGAAAACUGCAUUCAGUCCAACUCAAAAAUUCCCAGAGUUUUUCAUAGUCUCUACACCAUUCCAGAGUCCAAAGGCCAUGUCUUUUCUGAGACUCAAGGAAAUCCCUUAGCUGUAAAACCUGUAAAAACCAAAAUCAAAAAGCCAAUCACAUGUUUCCAACAUACAAUGGCACAGACUAUAUAUUGCCAUUCCAGAAGGGAAGAAAGGUAGCAUGUUGAGGAAAUGUUGGACCAAAGACUGAAACCCAUCAGGGCAAACUCCAAAUUCUGCUUCUCCAUGGCUGAUGUCAAAAGGCUCUUCAGAUCUUCGCCUCCUUCCAGCUGCAUUGACUGCAGCAUGCUUCUCUCUCUUGGGCUGGUUGCAUGUCGUGUCUGCAGCUUUCCUGGCAAGUAUCCCAGCUCACCAUUGGCCUAGUGGUGUCUCCAUUCUGGGAACUCAGCCUAGUGAACCGCCUCCCCCCCUCUUUCCCAUGGGACAGCUCGUCAUUUUCCACCUUUCUCUGUUCUGAGCCGCCCACCACCCCUGCUGGCAGGAAGCAUGGUGCCAGUGUUUGUUUGGGUGCAUGCCCUGGCCCUUCUGUCUGCCCUUUGAAGAGUUGGAGAGGAAUACAAGUGUGUAGCUUAGGAUAGACUAUUGACACUGUAGUCUCCUGCCUCUCUCCUCCCCCAGUCGCCAAGACUUUCAACUGUUUUGCCUUUAAUCUCAGCAGGUCACUUUUCUAUCCCUAAAUUCUGUCUGCUCCUAGAGCAGCGUGAGGAUGCUGCCAGAGAUUCAUGGGCAUUGGCAGGUUUGCCCUGCUCUCUGACUUUCUCAGUUCUCUGCAACUUUAGAAAAACUUACUUUUUCAUUUUUUCUUCAAACAGAAACUUUUUGAACUACCUUUUUUUUUUUUAAAAAAAAAAAGAAAAGAUUGUUAUUCCUCUUCUCCAUUUCCCGCAUGCCUGUCACAUCACUUUAAUUUCCCAAAAAUCAGCACCCGGGGAACAAAGUCUAUUGUCUUUCUUUUACUUUUUUCUUCUCAUCACUUAACCCUUAUCCUUUCCCACCCCUCACACUCUUCAGUGUUGCUGUGGAUUUUAUCCUCUUUCUUCUGUGAGUCCUUGUUCUUUUACCUGUUCUGCUGCUGCUGCCGCAGUCUUCCCUGCUGGAGUGAUCGGUCUGUCUUUAGACUAUCCCUGGCAUUCUGUAAGGAGAAAGAAGUCCCUCCCGACCCUGGCCCUCCCCUCUCCUAUGCAUAUCACUGUAACACAACACAAGAACAUAGAGUCUGAGUCCAUGGAAAGAGAGGGGUUGGAAUCUUUUGUCGUUGGCUUUCUGCAUGACCAUUUUAUUUUGCUUUCUUAUUUUGUUCUAUUUUAUUU